UGCUUACUCACUGACUUCCGAGGACCUUUCUCAGUGAAGAGACCUGCUGAGGAAAAAUCACCCUCCACAAACUGCAAGGAAAAUAUCUAAGAGACUACAAACUUAAAGAGUGAAGAAAUGGAGUUCGGGGCUUUGUUUCUGCUGUCCCUCAUGGGACUCCUGUUUGUGGAGCCAGGGUUUGGACAGCGAGGUGACGUGGAUGUUGCUAAGUGGAUGACUGAUAAAGUGGAAUUAAUGAAGAACUUGGAGGACAAACUCAGACAUGUAGAGAGAUGGCAGAAUAACAUUGAAGCUUUGGAGGCCAGGCUCAAUGCGACUGUAGACAAGCUGAUGAGACAGAACGCUGAAGUGGAUCAACUGAAGAAAGAGAAUGAAGGCCUGAAAAUGAGACUGAAUGCCACGGAGGAAGAGCUUGAUAAGCUGAAACAGAAUAUUCCUAAAGGUGCUCCUCAGAUUGCAUUCUCGGCCUCUUUGGCAAACUUCGGGGAGAUUUACAGAGGACCCUGCACAGACAAGGCCCUCAUUUUCAAAAGGGUCUUCUCAAACUCUGGCAAUGGUUAUGACCAAAACACAGGAAUCUUCACAGCACCAGUGAACGGUCUCUACUUCUUCAGCUUCAGUACCUAUGGCUACAACACUCACGACAUGGGGGCCAUUUUAAUGAAAAAUGGUGAUCGUCAAAUUUCAACCUAUGAUAAACCUUCAGCUGACGGCUCAGACAGUAGCAGUAAUGCUGUCGUUCUGCAGCUGGUCGCGGGUGAUAAGGUGUACAUGGAACUGUGGGAUAACGGCAGAGUGUUUGACAACCUGAACGGACACACAACCUUCAGUGGUUUUCUUGUCUUCCCUGUGUAAAUGAUUGGAAACUAUGUGUUGCAUUGUGUUUUUAAACUGAAGAGAGAUGCAGGUCCAACAGUCGUGACAUCUGUGAUAUCACUGUCUUUAUAUAGUGGCACUGCCCCAAAGCAUAUGCUGCCAAGAAAAUUACACAGUAUCCUGGUUGAUUUUUAUCAAACUUUUAUUGAAAAAUCUCCACACGUUUUUCAUUUUCAAGUAAAUUUCAAUGAAAAUGUGGGUGCAAGAACUUUCUUCAGAACAAUAAACCCAAGAUAAAC